AUGGCUACUCAAUACGAAGUCGAACACAAUGUCAAGUUCACCGAAGCCCGUCGCUCAGGCCGUCGCGUAGACAUGGCAUCCUUCUUUUCGCUCCUUGAUCAGAUCGCCGAGCCCUCGGGCGCCCAGACCCCUCAUCACAACCCUCACGCAACGCCCACCCCCGUUGACACAGCCGCUCUCUUUCGCCUGCUCCAAGAACAGCUGCACCAACUUCAAACGACCGCCCCAACAGAAGACAACCGCGAGUUUCUCCAGUCCCUCAUCACGAACCUCGAGGACGACAUUAACGACCCUCCGACUCGACUGGCAGGUGUGUCACAAGAAUUCCUCGACUCGCUCGAUCGCGUAAACCGCAAGACGCUCAAGAAAGACGACGACUGCGCCAUCUGCAAGGUUCCUUACCUGGAAGACGAAUACUGUCUUGUUGUUGAACUGCCGUGCCAGGGUGGUCAUCAAUUCGAUCUCGAGUGCGUUGGACCUUGGUUGCGAAGUAAAGGAACAUGCCCCGUAUGUCGUCACGACCUAGUAGAGAAGAAGGCUCCCGUUGUGCAGGAUGAUAGCGAGGAGGAGGAUGGCGACAUGAUGUAUGCCUAA